GACAGAACAUCACAGUUGUACCAGUUUGGGAGCAAAAUAUGGAAUGUGUUUCACUGCUGACCAAAGGCAGCCAAAUGAACAGUAUUUAUAGUAGUUUGAAAAUCAGCAGUUAGCAGUUUCUUCACAUUCUAACACUACCCGGCACUUUCCAGAGAGAACUCAUUGUUUACAAGAAAUCUGCUUUCCAAAUCCGUUACGGUGCCCUCCAGCCUUGACUAUUAACUAUUUGCGAAGGGGAAGCUAAUCUACGGUUUGGGGGAAGAUGGCAAUGGAAGAGUACCUGUGGAUGGUCAUUGUGGGUUUUAUCAUUGCUUUUAUUUUAGCCUUUUCGGUUGGUGCAAAUGAUGUUGCCAAUUCUUUCGGAACAGCUGUGGGCUCUGGUGUUGUUACUUUACGCCAGGCUUGCAUUUUGGCUUCAGUUUUUGAGACCACUGGCUCAGUAUUACUGGGAGCAAAAGUAGGAGAAACAAUUCGGAAAGGUAUCAUUGAUGUUAACCUGUACAACAACACUGUCCCACUGCUGAUGGCAGGAGAAGUGAGUGCAAUGGUUGGUUCUGCUGUUUGGCAGCUGAUCGCAUCAUUCUUGAAACUCCCGAUAUCGGGGACCCAUUGCAUCGUAGGUGCUACGAUUGGAUUUUCUCUGGUGGCAAUUGGCACGCAGGGAGUCCAGUGGAUGCAGCUCGUCAAGAUUGUUGCCUCUUGGUUUAUUUCCCCACUGUUAUCUGGCUUGAUGUCUGGAGUCCUCUUUGUGCUGAUUAGAUUCUUCAUUUUAAACAAGGAAGACCCUGUGCCCAAUGGUCUCCGCGCACUUCCAGUGUUUUAUGCUGCUACCAUAGCUAUUAAUGUCUUUUCCAUCAUGUACACGGGGGCACCAGUACUGGGACUGGUGCUGCCAAUGUGGGCCAUUGCUCUAAUAUCAGUCGGUGUCUCCUUAGUAUUUGCCAUCUUAGUCUGGAUUUUUGUGUGCCCCUGGAUGAAGAGAAAAAUAGAAAGCCAGUUAAAGAAAGAUGCUACACUGUCAAGGAUAUCGGAUGAAAGUCUUGAUAAAAUUCAAGAUGAAGAAACACCAGUCUUUAAAGAGCUUCCUGGUGCCAAAGCAUCUGACGAGAGCACAAUUCCCCUCACUGGCUCAGUAACAGAAGCUGCUGGGGCAUCAGAUACUAUUGCAAAUGGAAACCAUCCACGUGUACCGUAUGGAAGGGCAUUUUCGAUGACGCACACCUCUGUGAAAUCACCUGUUUCUAACGGCACCUUCAGUUUCGAUGGCCAGGUGAGGAGCGAUGGCCACGUUUAUCACACUGUGCACAAGGACUCAGGUUUAUACAAAGACUUGCUCCACAAAAUACACCUGGACAGGGCCACCGAUGAGAGGCCCGCUCAAGAAAACAACUACAAACUGUUACGACGCAACAACAGUUAUACUUGUUACACAGCUGCUAUUUGUGGCAUGCCUGUGCAUUCCUCCUUUAAGGCAGCGGAUACGUCAGCUCCGGAGGACAGUGAGAAGUUAGUGGGAGACACUGUCUCCUACUCCAAGAAGCGAGUUCGCUAUGACAGCUACUCCAGCUAUUGCAACGCAGUGGCUGAGGCAGAGAUCGAGGCGGAGGAAGGUGGGGUGGAAAUGAAGUUGGCCUCUGAACUUGCAGAUCCUAACCGGCCCCCAGUUGAUCCCGUGGAAGAGGAUAAGGAAGAGAAGGACACGUCUCAGGUCCAUCUACUUUUCCACUUCCUCCAGAUCUUAACAGCCUGCUUUGGAUCCUUUGCCCAUGGAGGUAAUGAUGUCAGCAAUGCAAUUGGUCCCCUUGUCGCACUCUGGCUUAUCUAUGAGCAAGGUGGUGUAAUGCAAGAAGCAUCGACUCCCGUCUGGCUGCUGUUUUAUGGAGGAGUUGGGAUCUGUGUGGGUCUCUGGGUCUGGGGUAGAAGAGUUAUCCAGACCAUGGGUAAAGACCUCACUCCAAUCACACCAUCAAGUGGAUUCACUAUUGAGUUGGCUUCGGCGUUCACAGUUGUGGUAGCUUCCAAUGUUGGACUUCCUGUCAGUACUACACACUGCAAGGUCGGCUCCGUGGUGGCCGUCGGCUGGAUCCGCUCCAAGAAAGCCGUUGACUGGCGCCUGUUCCGCAACAUCUUCCUGGCGUGGUUUGUGACUGUGCCGGUGGCCGGCUUGUUCAGCGCCGGGGUGAUGGCGCUGCUGAUGUACGGGAUCUUGCCUUACGUCUGAAGAGCCUCCUCCGCUGGGAAAAGGGGAAACGGCCAAGCUGCUACCGAGGGGAGAAGCGUUCCCAUGAAAGAGCCAGUUGGAGAGGAUCCAUCUUCCAUAUCUAACUUCUUAUCUACUGUACAUAACAAUGUGUCAUACUGGUGACAUGGUGAUGUGGUGCCAUUUCUUAUAUAUUAAAGAAAUAUAUAUGCAUAUAGUAGGUAACAAUACCUAAGUUAUAUUAUCAGUGGGGUGAAAAUAAUUGCCUAGGAUUUAAUAUUUAGUAAAAUUUGUACAUAGUGUAUCAUUUUGGUGGCAAUUUUUUAAUCUUUUGAAGAAGCGUAUGGAUUAGGAAAUGUUUCUUGUCCAUUUGAUACGAGAAGAAGUGAGGUACAGGACUACGUAACAUGAAUUUUUUUAAAGGUAUUAAGAUACUGGAACAAAAUAGAAUGUGCAGAAGUUCUUUUCAUAAAAUAACUGUUCAUAUCAUGUUGAUCUUUGUGUAUCAUAGCGUGAUGGUUACGGCUGUGUAAAUACUUACAAACAGUAACUUUUAAAUGGUGCGUUUCCCUGAUAUAUUUUGGAUAAGAAAGUUUAGGAAGUACCAAAGAAGCAGGGGAAUAGCUUAUCGAUAUUAUGUUGUUGUCUCCACGUGUGGGCAUGUGUUGUGUUUCCCCACCUCUAAUUCAACGUUGUUUUCACCAAGGUCCCGCCAGUCAGGCUGGGAUAGUACUGUUCAUGUCUUAAUGUAACUUUAAAAAAAAAAAAGCACACAAAAAAGUUACUUCUCGUUACUUAGUAGGUAGACCACGGCUCUCCACAUUAGCUGAUAGUAGACUGACUUCAUUCUGUGGGUUGAAGUAUCUUACUGCUCACCUUCAACUUUUCCCCUUCAAGUCCGAGCUCCCGGAUGCCCUGCUGUCAGUUCCGGCAGGAGAACGGACCAUCAGUCGCCCCUUGUUCUGUCCAUCCAGCCACAGCCACACACUCUCGGGUGCAGCAGCAGGACCGCGG